CCGGAUGUUGUCACCAGUACUUCCUUAGUCACCAUUUUAGCUAGCGAGCUCCCACACAAAUGCGUGGUAAAGGAAAACAGUAUUUACCUGGCAAUUAUUAAGUCCUCUUAAUCCUCCGUCGCUGCAUUUUAAGGCUCCGUCCUGCAGUGAGCCAUGUACCGCCAUGAUCAGCCGGUCCGCCGACCACCACCACCCCCGUUCGGAGCCAUGAUGAUGCCGCACCAACCUCCUCCUUUCAGAAACACUGGGCCUUGUCCUCCUGGACCUCCUCCGAGGCACCUACCCCCGAACCUUCCGGGGCACCUACCCCCGAACCCCGAAAGGCCGUUUUUGGCCUCGGGUAGCCAUUACCUGGACAGCAGGCCGCCCAGAGGCCGCUUCGUGAGCCCCCACUGUAGCAACUUCUCCAUAGACCGUAGUACAGUGAUUGCUUUGGGAGGCAGCCAGCAAGUAGUCCCUCAUGAAGAGACUCCACACCUUCACCAUCACAAGACCUUGGACCAUCACAAACUAGACAACAGUGCUGAAGCUGGUGAAGAAUUCCUGAGAUGCAUUGCGGCCAACAAACCUCUCCCAGAAUAUCUAAAAGGCAUGGCUUACAACCUAGCUGAUGCUUUAAAGUCUGCUAACGACCUGAAAGAAGCAGUCAAGUUAAAUUCUCAAUUUAGCAAGCACGUACCCAGGAGCAAAAGCCGUAGCCGAAGUCGUGGUAGAUCUCGAGCCAAGAGCCGGGCAAGGAGCAAGAGCCGAGACCGGAGCCGAAACAGAGGAAGGAGCAAGAGUCGGGUCCGUGCCAAAAGCACAACCAGGGCUCGCAGCAAGAGCCGGAGCAARAAGAGUUACAAACGAAGUAAAAGCAGAGUCCGAAGGUCUAGAUCGCAAAGCAGCAGCAGUGAAAGGAGCUAUGACAAAGAAAAGAAAAGAAAGAGGAGCCCUGACAUCAGCAGCAACAGCAGUGUUGGCAGCAGUAACAACGUGACAGGAAAUAGUCUAUUAGAAGGACUGAAACUGGUCAUCCAGAGCAAAGAUUUGGAAGACCGGCUGCCCACUCUCAAAAAUGCCCUCCUCAAUGUUCAGUCCUCAAAUGAAAUAAAGCAAGUGGAACAUGUACCUAAAAUGCACAUGAGUCAACAACAUGAGAGUCUCACCACUUCACCAUCCCUGGAAAAUGACAGCAUGCUGCUUCCACAUGAAAGGGUUGUCAGCGAUUUCUCGUGGCUCAAUGAGAAAAGUCAGGAGGAAAUUUCCAUCCUGAAAGCCAAGGAGUUUGAAGAGGAAGAGUCAUUCCUGUACGGGACUGAAACAUCUUCCCUGCUUGGAGGUCAUGCCAAACUACUUGUUGAUAUGAAACAGCCCCAUCAAAUGGCGCUAUCCACAUUUGCCUCUGCCAGCCUGGACAAAAUGGAGUGUGAGAAAAUCAAGAAUAUUCUGAAUAGUCUGGGUGAAACAUCAAACAAAGGCAAGAUGAUGGUACAGACACGAAGGCAAAAUGAAGGCAGUGAGGCGUUUCCUGCAGUUUUGACUUCAGACACAACAAUGGCAAGACUGAAUAACCUGAAAGCUUUGGAAUCUUUACAAUCUCUGAUAAAAGUGACAAAAGAGAAACAGAUAAAAAGUCAUGGGCAACCUGAAACAUCACAUGACAAAAAGAAGGUCGGUGACGGUGAAGACAGAAGUUCGAUAAAAGUUAAAAUAAAACAAAUGGAAACCCUGGCAAAAGAACUGGACGAAAUAUUGAAACAAAAAGGAAUAGGUUUUAUAUCUUCAGUAAUGGGUUUUUACUGCCAGAAGUGUGAGGAGUUCAUUGGAGAUUUUAAUUCUGCUGAGAAACAUGCAGAGAUCCACUCCCAGAGCAGCUCCAAGAGUAAACAGAAGUUGGACAAGCAUCCUAAAGACAAAGAAGGAAGCUCGCAUCACCACAGCCGCACCAGCAGUCAACAAUCCCACUCUUCUGAGAGGAGAGAUCACAGCAGCUACAGUCACCAUAAAGAUUCAGGAGGUUACAGGAAUGGCAGAGACCUCCAACAGAACAGGAGGGAUGAGAAAGAUCACAAAGACGGCAGGACCGGGCAGCAAAACAUUAGCUUGAAGGAAGAAUUAAAAAAGGAAAGGAUGCUGAUUACUGUGAACCGUGGACUGACGCCUCCACCUCAAACCAUUAGAACCAAGGAGGAGAGGAAGGAGCUGCCCAUCAUGGGGCAUGGAAAAAUCAAAACUGAAGACAAAGACUGGAAUAAAUCCUCCAGAAACGGCAGCGAUGAUGAUGAAAGUGGCAGCAGUGACAGCAGCCAUGGUGACAAAUCACCUGAACUAAAGCAUUCCAAAAAGAAAAAGAAGGAGAAAAAGAAGAAGAAGAAGAAAGAAAAGAAUAAAUCUUAAAUUUUGUGAUUUAUUUGUUUGCACCUAUUUCUGGAACAUUGUCUUUCAAGGUUUUAGAAACUUCAGUUUUAGUUUUAUCAUUUCACUGCAGAGAACUGUUGUUUCCUGUUUCCAGUUAUUGAUUUUUGAUUCUGCAAAACACUUGGGGUGAAAAAACCCUAAACAGCCACCCAAAAGAUUCAGUAUGGUCUGACAUGUUGGGAAGUUGGUUUUCUGUCAAAAAGAAGGGUUUUUUUUUGUUUUGUUUUUUGCUUUUCAGAAUGUACUGAAGCCAUUGCAGGGUGUUAAGAGUGAGAACCAGGAAUUGAGCAUUUGCAAAGUUGGAUACUCAUUACACCUUAAGGCAUCUCGACUGGUUUCAUAUCAUACCAUCAGCCUAAGUUAUUUAAUUAUUCUCAUCUGGCUUUUGGUAAGUAGGCCCACGUUAGCAUUCUCCUAAAAUCUCAUUUCCUCCAUUUGUGGUCAUAAAGUGUUUUUACAGGACUAUGUUGAUAUCUAAUGUUCAAAGUGUGUCUUCACUUUUUUUCACCUUUCUAAUACUGUAAAUAAAUGAGAAAUGUGAAUUUCUUGUUUCMUUUUUUUUWUUUUUGCAGGACCAACAGUGUAGUCCUUUGGCACCAGUUCGGUGACAUUGAAUUUUUACUCCAAUCCCAACAAGAUAAUUAUUGCAGGCAUUUCUAUUUAUAGAUUGUCAAUUAACAUGGAAAGUGUAAAUUGAGUUUUAAUUUUGUUUUAAUAUAGGAAUGAAUAACRCACUUCAGUCACUUAGGCAUGAAAUAAUUCUUAGUAUUAUAUGUUGCCGCUAUAAAACACACGUUGUACAAAGGAGUUGUGUUUGUCCAAAAAGCGUUAUUUUCCUAUAUUUUAAGCUCAACACUCAAAACAGGCUACUCUCACACAACCAGCCUUGGCUGCGGAAGGAGUUGGAGAUGUGUAACAGUGGUGUCCAAAGUCAGUCCUCAAGGGCCAGUGUCCUACAUGUCUUMRGUGCUGCCCUGGUUCAACACAGCUGAACCUAAGGAGUGCCUAAUUAGUAGGCCUCUGCAAACCUUGAUGGCAUACUGAGGAAGCCUUAGGCUCUCCCUAGGUUAAGCUGUGUUGAACCAGGGCAGCACCUAAGACAUGCAGGACACCACAGGUUUAUAAUAACCAAAUAACAUGUUGGCUACGUUUGAACAGUUUAAAACAAAAAGGAUUGCAUAGUAAUGAGAUUUUUUUAUCCAAUGUCACUGAACAGGCACCAUAUAGUCCUGAAACGUACUUUAUUUCUUGUCCAUUUUGAUACCAUAUCUUUUGGUGACCCUGUAAAUAAAGGUUGUACAAAAUGCAUUUUAAUAAAAGAUUAAAAAGUA